CUCUCUCUUUUCUCUUGACAAAAUCAUAUCCAUCUCUGUCUCUAUGUGAACUCUUCAUUUCUUCUGGAGCCAUCAUAUAUAAACCUUCCUCUCUCUCUCUCUCUCUCUCUCUCUCUCUCUCUGCGAACUAUGAACUCCAUAUGACAGGAAUCACCUUCAUCAUCAUCGUCACUUCAUCGCCUGCCCUUCUCAUAUCAUAGCAAGUUAGCAACUAUCAUGUCCUUCCCAAAACACCACCUCUCUCCCGACGACCUCUCUUCCCACCUCCACCACCACAACCACUUUCCCCACCAACCGCCGCCGCCACAUCCCCACGAACCCUCCCCAACCACCAGCUCCUCCUCCGCCCCCAACUGGCUCAACGCCGCCCUCCUCCACAACCCCACGGCCAACUUCCUCAACCUCCACACCUCCACCCACUCCUCCUCCCACGUCAUGACCGGCGUCAUCGCGCCUCCCCACGACCCGGCGGGAGGGGAAAGGCGCGGGGACGACGGCGCCGCUGCAUUGGAGGACUGGCGAGACGCCAAGCACAAGGCCGAGAUCGUGGGCCACCCUCUGUACGAGCAGCUCCUGUCGGCUCACGUGGCCUGCCUCCGGAUUGCGACGCCGGUCGACCAGCUUCCCAGGAUCGACUCGCAGCUCGCCCAGUCGGCUCAGGUUGUGGCUAAGUACUCGGCUCUCGGUGCUGCUGCCGGCCACGACGGGGUUGGGGACGACAAGGAGCUUGACCAAUUCUUGACGCAUUACGUCCUCUUGCUCUGUUCUUUUAGAGAGCAGCUACAGCAACAUGUCCGAGUCCACGCCAUGGAAGCAGUAAUGGCUUGCUGGGAGAUUGAGCAGUCCCUGCAGAGCUUAACAGGAGUUGCACCCGGUCAAGGAACCGGUGCGACUAUGUCCGAUGACGAAGAUGACCAGAUAGAUGGCGAUCCAAACCUAUUUGAUGGAAGUUUGGAUGGUCCAGACAGCAUGGGAUUCGGCCCUCUCAUUCCAACGGAGACAGAGCGAUCGUUAAUGGAACGCGUGAGGCAAGAAUUGAAGCACGAGUUGAAACAGGGGUACAAGGAGAAAAUAGUCGAUAUUAGAGAGGAAAUUUUGCGCAAGAGGAGAGCGGGAAAGCUUCCAGGGGAUACUACGUCCAUCCUAAAAGGCUGGUGGCAGUCGCACGCUAAAUGGCCAUAUCCUACGGAGGAAGACAAGGUGAAGCUGGUACAGGAAACCGGUUUGCAUUUGAAGCAGAUAAACAAUUGGUUCAUCAACCAGAGGAAAAGGAACUGGCACAGCAACUCUUCAUCACCGUCUGUCUCGAAAAGCAAGCGCAAAAGGUGAAAGCAGCAGCUAUUGAUCCCUUGAUGCGGACUUGAGCAAGAGAGCAACGAUCAAGUUCUGACAGACGAUAUUUGGCGCUUCACCAGAACGGUUACUUAAAAGAGUUAAUUCAAGGAAAAUUGGCUAGCGGCCUCAUACAAAUCUUCAUCAAACAGGAACAUUUGGAAGACGACUUUGACUCUAGGAAAAGGAAAAUAUGUUAGCGAAGAGGACGGUUCUCGCCUCGUGACAGGAAUUCUGAAGGCACUCAAUUGACCAUAGACGUGAUCGUGAUCAUUGAGGGGGUAUUGAGCUAGGAACUACACGUUUAGAACUAGAAGUAAUUUCAGACGGUUUGAUGGUAUCUACUGCUCGUCUAUUUUACUUUUUGUGAAUAUAUGGGCAUGGUUAGCUAUUCAUGUACAGUCGGUAUACUGAUCUCUGCAUAGUUCCUCUCCAUUCUGCAUGCUGGUUACAUUUGUAGCUUUUCUUGGCUCUCCAAUGUAGUCUAGAUUUACUGUAAGAGGAACAUACAGUUGUGUACUGUUAGUUCACUGGGUUUGUAUUGCUACUGGAGACAAUGCCUGAGUAUGGUUAUAGACACGACCAUUUGUGUGAAAAA